GACCAUUUAAAAGGGCGCACGCACAUCAAAUGCGAAGGAUUCGUUAGAAGGACGCGGUCGUAAAAGUACUUGUUGAAUACUCUUUUCUGUUAUUCUGUAUCGGGAUUCGAUUCGAUGCGAAACCGUUAGUCAGAGACCUCCGGUUCUUGUGGUGAAGAGCAGGAAGCUGUUGAUGCCGAAUAUCUUUUAUAUUUGAAAGUGCCAAGGCAAGUGAUUGUGUUGUGCAUUUCCUGUUGCUAGGAUCACAGGAAGAGCUGAUUUACGAUUUUUAUGUGUUUCUGCGAAAAGUUUUAGAGAAGUCACCUCUUGAGGUCUCCGGGAAUUAAUUGGGAAAACCCGAAACGGUUGAUUACUGGUGGUAACUAGUCAGUGGAAGUGCAGUGACCAAAAGAAGUGAGUGAUACACUUUGAUCGUCCUUGGAUUAGUGCUCCGAUCCGGUUGAAAUUAAGAAAUAUGAAAGCAAGCGUUUGGCUGUGGCCAGUUAUAACAACAUUAUUGUGCGCCAUCCAGCUCGUAUGCACAGCACCGUUUUCCGACUAUUCUGAUUAUAAUGGGAUUGAGGAGGGAAUAGAAAAACGAAUGAAACCAUCACUGUCGAUCGUAAAUCCUCUCGAUGUGCUGCGACAAAGAUUGCUCCUAGAAAUGGCUCGCAGACAGAUGAGAGAAAAUGAGAGACAGGUGGAGAAGAACAGGGAGUAUCUCAACGCCGUGGGCAAGCGAAGUGUUCCCGAGUUUCUAGAACUCUUGCGGCAGGAACCGAUCGACAACAACUACAACAUUCGACGCAUCAGGACCAACGAUCCACGGAAUUACAACGGCAACGACAACUAUCAGAUGCGAUAUCACUACAGCUUGCAUAAAAACGGAGACACAAGCAAAUAAUUGCCAUGGCACAAUGUAAAUGUAUAAAUUUACCAAUGGAAAUAAAUAUUCACUUUCAGUUGCAACAAUAUCCCGAAAUAUUUUCCCCUCGUCGCUGUCCCGUUGAUUUCUACUGUUCGAGUUCACUGCGGCGGUGGUUUGAAGAAGCAAACAAGUUUACGUUGAGCCCAGUUUUCCCCCUACUCUUCCCGGGGUACCUUGGGGUCCUUCCCCAUUGCUCCAAACUAAAUGUGUCAAAUCGUAAUAAUGGGUGUCCCUUUAGCCCUCAUAAUCUACCCCUCACAGAGCAUGUUUGCUGCAUUGUUUCCUUCUUCAAACGACUGACCAGCGCCCCAAAGUGAACUCCCCCCAGCCGCAAUCUGCAGGUAGUACCCAGAGAACACGCGACUCCACCUUUUGCCCAAACGCAUAAUUACGCAUUCCUGCGAACCGAGACAAUGUAAAAUUACUCAAAAUUAAAACAAUAAAUUCUGAAAUGAAAACUCCAAGAAGCUUACAUACUUAAACUAUUAAAAGUUAUCUUACACACAUACCAAUACCCAUUGUAAAUGUAAAUGUUAGACUCCAUGAAACAAUUAAUUAUUGAAUAAAACCAAUUUGAAGAAAAUCAGUAUUUAUGAUUUCAUUUCGUUGCGAACUUCGCCUGCCUAAAUAUUUGUAAAUGGAGAGAUGAGAGCGAUGGCGGCGGACUGGCUGUGUCCUUCCGCGAGUCCACUGACACUGAAACACAGAUUUAGUUCGUAAGGAGCCACCCGAGGCGGCAGAAUGCAGAGAAAAUGUUUGGAAAAUGUAUCAAUUUGUAACGAAUUUGUUUGCGUAGUUUCCCUCUUUGUUCCGUAACUGUUUCCAGUGCUAAUUGAAUCAUUAUAAAUAUAAUCCUAACAUAAAAGUAUAAAAUAAAUAAAUGUUGUUAAAUCAUGUACAUAAGAAAUUAAUUUAUUAAGCAAUAUCAUAAAAAUAUAUAUUAGUAAAAUACAAUCUAUAU